UCAUUGCCACAUAAGCAAAUUUGCUGAGUUGGACUUGAUGUUACUGCUAAAGUUACUCCCACUGUGGCUAGUCUAAGAGAUCGGAUUGGGUAAUAAUUUCGUGUCUGGGCAAUGACCCGGCCGGAUGUAUAGCGGGGUUUCCAGAGGUUCGGUUCUAGAUACUCUUGCAUGUACGGUCUAAACGAAAGGCGACUUCUCCAUCGAGAUCAUCGUCAGCUUACAUCACCUGCGCACUCAUCCCCCGUACAAAAAACGCCAGAUAUGGUGGCAGCUCGUAAGCCGCGCCAUCGUGUAAUCACACCAUUCGUCUCACUACGGACAAUGCGUGUGCGUGUGCGCGCACCAGAUUAACGAAGUACACAAAUUUUGACUAAACGUUGGCAACAAAUUUCAUGAGCACGAAUCCGACGCAGGCCGGCGGCUACAGAGAUAACGACGGUUUCAUAAGCUAUAGUACGUACCAUUACCAUGGGGUCACACCGAUGCCCACUACGGUGUCAUAUAGCAAGUCAAGUGCCAGCGACGGUUCGCAGGAAACCAGAGGAACUAGCUAGCUCGAGGUAGGUGAUCAUGGCGCAAAAGGAGGCCGGCGUAGGAGCCACGAGCGGCGGCGGCAAGGCCAAGCCGCACGCGGUGGUGGUGGUGUACCCGCUGCAGGGCCAUGUCAUCCCCGUCACGCACCUCGCGCUGCGGCUGGCGGCGCGGGGCUUCGCCGUCACGGUCGUCAACACGGAGGCCGUGCACGACCAGACGGCGCGCGCUCUCGGCGUCGACCCGGCCGGCUACGACUUCUUCGCCGGCGCGCGCGCGUCGGGGAUGGACGUGCGCUACGAGCUUAUCAGCGACGGCCUCCCCGUGGGGUUCGACCGGUCGCUGCAUCACGACGAGUUCAUGGGCUCGCUGCUCCACGCGCACUCCGGCCACGUCGAGGAGGUGCUCGGCCGCGUCGUGGUCGACCCGGCCGCGACGUGCCUCGUCGCCGACACCUUCUUCGUGUGGCCGGCGACGCUGGCCAGCAAGUUCGGCAUCGCGUACGUGUCCUUCUGGACCGAGCCCGCGCUCAUCUUCAACCUCUACUACCACGUCCACCUGCUCACCAACAACGGCCACUUCGGUUGCAACGAGCCUCGGAAGGACACGAUCACCUACAUCCCUGGCGUGCCGGCGAUCGAGCCGCACGAGCUCAUGUCGUACCUCCAGGAGACGGACACCACCAGCGUGGUGCACCGCAUCAUCUUCAAGGCCUUCGACGAGGCGCGCGGCGCCGACUACGUCCUCUGCAACACCGUGGAGGAGCUGGAGCCGUCCACCAUCGCCGCCCUCCGCGUCGAGAAACCCUUCUACGCCGUCGGCCCCAUCUUCCCCGCCGGCUUCGCCCGCAGCACCGUCGCCACCUCCAUGUGGGCCGAGUCCGACUGCUCCCACUGGCUGGACGAACAGCCGCCGGGGUCCGUGCUCUACAUCUCCUUCGGCAGCUACGCGCACGUCACCAAGCAAGAGCUGCACGAGAUCGCUGGGGGAGUCCUGGCCAGCGGUACGAGGUUUCUGUGGGUGAUGCGACCAGACAUCGUCAGCUCCGACGACCCGAACCCGCUGCCCGAGGGGUUCGUGGCCGCGUCCGCCGGGCGUGGCCUGGUGGUGCCUUGGUGCUGCCAGGUGGAGGUGCUCUCGCACACCGCGCUGGGUGGCUUCCUCACGCACUGCGGGUGGAACUCUGUGCUGGAGAGUGUGUGGGCUGGAGUGCCCAUGCUCUGCUUCCCGCUGCUCACCGACCAAUUCACUAACCGGCGGCUCGUCGUGCGGGAGUGGCGCGUCGGCAUGCCCAUCGGGGACCGUGGCGCGGUGUUCGCGGAUGAGGUGAGGGCGAGGAUCGAGGGCAUCAUGUCUGGGAAAGAGGGUGAGGAGCUCCGGGAGGCGGUGAAGAAUGUGAGGGCGACGCUCGAGGCCGCCACGACGCACGGUGGGUCAUCGCAGCAGAGCUUCGAUGAGUUUGUCGACGAGCUAACGCGCCGUUGCAGCGAACGUUAAGCCGAGCCGACCAAUGGGCCAGGUGGGCCAGGAGAGCCGCAUGCCGGGCGUUGGGGAAGUGGCCGCGAAUAAGCGUCUUUCUACUUUGUCUUGUCUGUAGUGUGUGUCCGGUCAUUGACUCGGUGUUGUGCAGUGUGAUCUUGUUUUCUCUGCAUACGAGAACUGUCUAAAGUCAAAAUUAAAAUUAUAUAAUAUAAAAAUUAAAUUUGUGAUGCAUCUAAUGAUGCCUACU